AUGUGGCCACCCACUCGAAGAGAAAGCCCAGAUGCCAUGCAAGUCAAUGGCCCAUCAUCAUUACCCGUUUCAUCGUCCUGGGUUGAACGCGCCAAGGUGCAUCGGGCCUUGUUUGAGUUCAUCAACUGGGUCGCCCGCAUGGGGGCCAAGAAACCGGUUUCCUCCAAGAUCAAGUCCUUACCCGUCAGACUGCUCCAGGAGUUGCUCGAGGCACAGGGCCGGCCUAAGCCUGAACGCCAGUCUCUUGACGACAACACACUUUGCUCCAGGGUCUACGAAACUCAGGAAGCCGAUGCGCAGCACCACAAAGACAGAUCGUCCUCAUCCGACAGUGAGGGUGACGGCAAUCCUGGCCAUUCCACUUGGGCCCUCCGACCUGCCUACUCCCCGCAAUAA